CAUGGUGUCAUGGAGAGGGAUUUACUUUAUCCUCACUCUGUUCUGGGGAAGCUUUUUUGGAAGUGUUUUCAUGCUGGGCCCCUUUUUACCUUUGAUGUUUGUAAACCCAUCUUGGUAUCGCUGGAUCAGCAACCGCCUCGUGGCUACUUGGCUCACGCUACCUGUGGCAUUGUUGGAGACCAUGUUUGGUGUAAAAGUGGUUAUUACAGGUGAUGCAUUUGUUCCUGGAGAAAGAAGCGUCAUCAUCAUGAACCAUCGGACAAGGAUGGACUGGAUGUUCCUGUGGAACUGUCUGAUGAGAUACAGCUACCUCCGGCUGGAGAAGAUCUGCCUCAAGGCGAGUCUCAAAAGCGUCCCUGGAUUCGGUUGGGCCAUGCAGGCUGCUGCCUACAUCUUCAUUCAUAGGAAGUGGAAGGAUGACAAGAGCCAUUUUGAAGACAUGAUCGAUUACUUUUGUGAUAUCCGUGAACCACUUCAACUCCUCAUCUUCCCAGAAGGAACUGAUCUCACAGAAAACAGCAAACUUCAAAGUAAUGCUUAUGCUGAAAAGAAUGGACUUCAGAAAUAUGAAUAUGUCUUACAUCCAAGGACUACAGGCUUUACCUUUGUGGUGGACCGUCUAAGAGGAGGUGGCAACCUGGACGCCGUGCAUGACAUCACCGUGGCCUACCCACACAAUGUGCCCCAGUCAGAGCGGCACCUGCUGCAGGGCGACUUCCCCGCUGAGAUCCACUUCCACGUGCGCCGCUACCCAGUGGCCACGCUGCCCGCCUCCGAGGAGGGGCUGCGGCUGUGGUGCCGCCAGCGCUGGGCGGAGAAGGAGGGGCGACUGCGCGCCUUCUACCAGGGCCCGCGGAGCUUUGGGCGCGCUGGGGCUGGGGUGGCUGCCGUGCCGCCGUGCAAGUCAGAGCUGCGCGUGCUGCUGCUCAAGGCACUGUCCCUGCUCUACUGGACGCUGUUCAGCCCGGCCAUGUGCCUGCUGCUCUACGGCUGCCGGCUGGCGCGCUGGUACUUCGUGGCCGCCGUGCUGGUGCUGGUGCUGCAGGAGCGGCUGUUCGGCGGCCUGGAGGUCAUUGAGCUGGCGUGCCACCGCCUCCUGCGCCGGCAGCCGCAGCUGGCUGCCAAGAAGAGCCAGUGACGAGGCACCCGAGCCGCUGCCGCUGCGCAGAGCCCCGAGCCCGUGCCGUUGCAUGACCGCCUCCCGGGCUUCCUGCUCCCCUUGUCAUCUGUUGGAGACGUUUUGCACAUGACUUGGUGGGGAAAUGUUGCUACAGAUGCGGUUUCUUUAAGCCUCUGAAUGUAAUUUUAAUGCUGUGUACGUUGCAGGGAGCGAUCCCUGUGAAAUCACUCCGGCCAGAAUAUUACUGCAUAAUCGUCAGGCUGUUGGCAGGUGAGGGACACACACUCUCCAUGAGGCCCACUCCUGUUUUCUGGCAGGCUCUGCAGACCACGGGCAGGUCUGGAACUCGUGGGCACAGCCUGGAUCUCAUGCUGCCACCAACUGCCCGGCCACCUUGGUGCGGUGAGCACUGUCCCACCAGGUGCCCAGGAGGCGUGCCCAGGUUCCCUUCUGGGGUGCUCCUUCCACACUCGUCAGACCCAACUCGUCCAUCCUUGAGAUCAGGAACCAGAACUCCCUUGUCUCCAAACUGAUCAAAUGCUCCGCCAGGAAGCCCUCUGUGAUCCAUCAAACCUUUUCCCGACCAACACGUCAGAGACGCCCUGUGCCCUUUUCUCGUGGAAGUCAGGCCUGGCCGUGUCUCAGGGAACACCCGCUGGCUCUCCGCUUGGAAGCCUCGUCUGGAAUUGCAAAAGAAAGGAGAUAACAGAGUUCAUCUCCUUCCCUCCCACUCGGUCUUGCAUGUGGCUUGCUGGCAGAUGCAGCUUUUUCUGUGUUAAAAUAGUGUCCAUGGAGUCACACACUCUUACAGGAAGGCUUAGCAGAACAUUCUGGAUUGCAUGAAGCUACACAGUCUUACAGGAAGGCUUAGCAGAACGUUCUGGAUUGCCUUGGAAGGCUGUCUUAGGAGAUACCGUUCUACAGCCUGCCAAUACAGAAAGGUUGGGCGUUCCACAUAUGCAUGGGUGUUGAACGUCUGCUAUUCACACAGACAGGGCAGUGUUGCUUUAUUCUAAACUCGUCAGCCCUUAGAAUCGUGACAA